CUAUCCUCUUCCAAUAGUUUUUGGACAUCUGGGCACAGUUGGAUGGCAGUUAGCCGUAAUGUUUUUUUAUCACUGUAGUUAAGUGGGCGAGUCAUAAAGUGAGGAAGCAAUAAUGUGCUUGUAUGAGGCCCCCAACCCAUUUGUUUGCACUUGAAGAGGCACCAAGAGGGUCCGUUUAUUUUCUUCACUGGGUGGAUUUUGGGUGUGGAGAAUUCCACAGUUCAAUCCCUGGGCAGAUUUGGAUUGUGGGAAAGAGCAGCAGGACUUUGUCUCGUUAGAAGCCAUUUGUGGCUGAAUAUUAGCUGGACAUAAAAGCCUAACAAGACAACAACAUCAAGGCAAGAAAAAUAUCUGUAUACUUUUCACCCCAAGCUGUGAGUUUAGAGGACAGAAUAUUGUUUGGAGAAACCAAUGCAAAUUGUUCCAGGUUUCCUCCCUUCUGUCGUCCUUCUGUGACUUUACAUAGGAGUCUCCCCUCAGGAGCUUUCCAUUUCAUGUAACACCCCCCCCACUAGUUCACCCUGAUAUCAACUUUGUGCUCACCACCUUUCUCACUGCUCCUCACUCCCUCCAUCCAUGGCUUUUGAGAAGAAUUCAGCACUUUUUCAGUCUUUUGUAAUGCAGAGACCCCAGAUGGGUCAGGUUAUGGGGAUUCCGCUGGAUCAGAACACAUGUGAUGCCUGGAAAGACAUCUGGAAUUUUCACGCUCACCCUGAGGAUGUCUUGUUGGCUUCAUAUCCCAAAGCAGGCAUCACGUGGUUGCAGGAGGUGGUGGAUAUGAUGUACCAAGGAGGAGACAUAGAAAAGUGUCACAGAGCCCCCACUUAUGACCGACACCCCUUCCUGGAAGCAGUGGCCCCAAAACCGGUGCCAUCGGGUUUGGAGUUAGCCGAAGAGAUGGAAUGUCCCCGGGUCCUUAAAACUCAUCUGCCCAUUCAGCUGAUCCCUCCAUCGUUUUGGCAGCAGAACUGUAAGGUGAUAUAUGUUGCACGGAAUGCCAAGGACACGCUGGUCUCGUACUUUUUCUUCCAGAGGAUGACCAAAGGCCUCCCCGACCCAGGAACAUGGGAUGAUUACUUUAUGGCAUUCCUGUCGGGAAAGCUUCCCUGGGGCAGUUGGUUUGACCAUGUCAACGGCUGGUGGAAAGCAAAAGAUGAGCAUCGAGUCCUUUACAUCUUUUAUGAGGACAUGAAGAAGGAUCUGAGGUGUGAGAUUCAGAAGGUGAUGAGGUUCCUGGAUAAGGAUCUGACUGAAGAGGUUCUGGAGAAGAUCUGCCAGCACACGACCUUCCAGGCCAUGAAAGAGAAUCCAAUGGCUAAUUACACCACUAUGCCCACAGCUGUGAUGGACCAAUCUGUCUCCCCCUUCAUGCGGAAAGGAAUCGUCGGGGACUGGAAGAACCACUUCCUGGUGUCCCAAAAUGAACUGUUUGACCAGGAAUAUAAAAGGAGAAUGGAAGGAACAGGCCUGGAUUUCUGCAGUUACAUCUGAAGGGAAUUAACAAGUGUCAUGUUACAGACACACACACACAACAUAUUGGGUUUCAAAUUGUCAUAUUCGAAUCUCUUCCAUUAAAAAGAAUCUUUUCACUCGUC